AUGUCUUCUUCUUCUUUCUUCUUCUUCUCACCUUCUUCUUUCUUCUUCUCCUCACCUUAUUCUUCUUCUUCUUCUUCUUCUCCUUAUUCUGUCUUCUUCUUCUCCUUAAUUCUUAUUCAAUUCUUCUUCUUCUUCUUCUCUUAUUCAAUUCUUCUUCUUCUUCUUCCUUAUUCAAUGUCUUCUUCUUCUUCUUCUUCUUUCUUCUCCUCUUCUUCUUCUUCUUCUCCCCCUCCUUAUUCAAUGUCUUCUUCUUCUUCUCCUCCUUAUUCUGUUCUUCUCUUCUUCUCCCCUCUUCUCUUCUUCUUCUCCCCUUCCUUAUUCAAUGUCUUCUUCUUCUCCUCCUCCUUAUUCAAUGUCUUCUUCUUCUUCUCCUCCUCCUUAUUCAAUGUCUUCUUCUUCUUCUUCUUCUUCAAUUCUUCUUCUUCUCCUUCUUCUUCUUCUUCUUCUUCUUCUUCUCCCCUUAUUCUUAAUUCUUCUUCUUCUUCUCCUCCUCCUUCAAUUCUUCUUCUUCUUCUUCUUCCUUUCUUCAAUGUCUUCUUCUUCUUCCCUCUCCUUAUUCUUCUUCUUCUUCUUCUCCCCCUCCUUUUCAAUUCUCUUUCUUCUCCUCCUUCUUAUUCUUCUUCUUCUUCUUCUCACCUUUAUUCAAUUCUUCUUCUUCUUCUUCUUCUCCUUUAA